CGAGUGUUGGAAACCGCAGUUUAACCAUUGUUUUCUCUGGAGCAACACAACACUCGGGCGCGCGAUACCACCGAUUCGGACGUUAAAGUGUAGUUUAAGCGACAGUUAAAGGGCCAGCUAGCGCAUGUCGCUGCUUAUAAUGACGCGCGUUACCUUUAAAUAGCCCGCCAAGACUUGUUAACUGUCCAACUUAAGGGCAAUGUUAUUUUAAAUUUUCGAAAUUGGGAUCCACCCUCAUACAUCAGGUGAUGCAUCUACCAGUCUCAGUCCAAACUUGCAACGUUUCUGAAGAAGCGUGGCCAAAAUCUGCCAUGUGCGAAACAUCUUCAGCAUACCAAAGCCCGGAAUUCUAUUGGUUCGAACAUAGGAUUCACGAAAUUCAGUCAGAGCAUCCCGGCGAACUCGUUCGAACUGGUAGUCCGUACAUUCUUUGCACGCAGUUGCCGAAUCAUUGGCGGUCCAAUAAGACGUUGCCAAUUGCAUUCAAAGUAGUGGCCGUGGGCGAUAUUGGGGACGGUACUAUCGUUACUAUUAGAGCGGGAAAUGAUGAGAACUGCUGCGCUGAAUUGAGAAAUUGCACGGCUGUUAUGAAGAACCAAGUCGCCAAAUUCAACGAUUUGAGAUUCGUUGGGAGGAGUGGAAGGGGAAAGUCGUUUUCCAUCACCAUCACAAUAUCGUCGAGUCCACCACAAGUGGCCACGUAUAUGAAAGCCAUUAAAGUUACCGUAGAUGGACCACGAGAACCCCGAUCGAAAACUAGUGUACAACAUCAGUCUUAUAGGACAGUAGGUAUCGGACAAAGACAGUUUUUGGAAACGACAUCGUUUUCGCAUUUAAGGGACUUGGAAGUGUACAAAAAUAAAAGUGUGCGAAGUUCUGAAGGGUCACUGAAUUCUUAUAAGCAGGAAACGUCAGAUGACAAUCCAAGCAGUACUACGCAUUGUCCUUCGAGCUCCUGGCCUGAAUAUACGAAUUCGUACGCACCCUACAGUCCGCAAACGAAUUAUUAUGACCCACAUCAAGAUUCGGCACACGUCACACCCAUACACCUUCCGACAGUUCUUCCAGAUUCUUCCAGUUCUCAGGAAUACAUCCACACUUCUCUGACGUCACCGCCUCCCAUCUUCAACAAGCCCGAAUUGGACAUGAUGAGCUCGAGGUACUCAUCAGACAACAACACCUACAACCCCAACAACUGGCCAGCCAGUCCUGCAGCCUACAACAACAACUAUUACAACCAUUCCUACAAUCAACAGCAGUACUUGAACCAUCCCCCGCCCUCUAUGGUCGUCUAUCCUACCCUCUACUCGACUGUGAAUCAAAGCCAAAUACAUUUCCACCUUCACGCGCCUAGUGACAAGUUAGAUCCCUACAAAAGUGAACCGUAUAUAAAAGGUGAACAGUACUUAACGGACAGCGCGAGUCUGACGAACCCUCAAAGGGUAGAAACUGGACAAAAUAGUGAAGUGGUGCACGCACAUGUCGAUUCUUUGAGGCUCGACGAAUCGGAAAGAACCGCACAAUCUCAAAAUGAUCCUUCUGUUUGGAGGCCGUACUGAUCUAUUUUAAGUUUAUUUAUUAUUGUAAUAUAUGUUUAA